AUGGGUGCUCCUUCAGUAUUUGAUGUUAUCAAGCUUUUAUUUAAUCCAGAUGUGUCAAAAAAGCUUAUUUUGCAAAUAGCUUAUCAGCAAUUGAGUGCAAUUGGAUUAGCAAAGAUAUUAUCGGCUGUUCUCGGGUCUGCUAUCGUUGGUGUUUCAUCAAUUAUCAAGAUCCCACAAAUAAAGAAGAUUAUUAACCCAAAGUUGUUGACUCAAAAGGUAUCUGUAGCUCGUGGUUUAUCGUUAGAAGGAAUUAGUUUAGAAACCUUGGUUUAUUUAGUUCACGUUCUUUACAAUCGUCAGAAUAAUAACAAAUUUGUAAACUAUGGUGAAACAUUCUUACUAGGGAUUCAAAAUGUUGCUAUUAUCUUAUUAAUUGAAUACUACAAUCUUAGAGCCAAAUUAGCAAAGAGGGAUACAUUGUCUGAAAAGAAGCAAAUUGAAACGGCCUUGAAAGAACUUGCGACUCCAAUCUCCAUCAUGGUUGGUAUUGUUAUAUUCUUAACAAAGAUUGCGGAACCUACCCUUGUCGAAGCAUUACAAGUGUUGAACAUUCCUCUUUCAAUCAUCUCUAAGUUGCCCCAGAUUAAGCAAAAUUAUGAUUUAAAGUCAACUAGCCAUUUAUCUGAAAUAACGGUUGGUGCUAAUGUGCUUGGGUCAUUGAUAAGAGUUUUCACUACUAUCCAAAGCUUUAACAAGUUAGGUAGAGACUACGUUUUACUUGCUGGAUAUGCUUCUUCCUUUAUUGUUAAUUCAUUUGUAGCAGGGCAAUGCUAUUAUUAUAAAAAGUGCUACAAGAGGGAUGAAAAUGCCGAUAGUAAGAAGCUUCAGUAA